AUGAGGCCUUUGUCUUGCUACUUUCUCUCCGCUGUUCUCGUCAGCAGGGCGCCAUACACCACCGCAUCGACGUUCCGCCCACGCAUUCUUGCCGAUAGCAACCGCGAUGGUAUCGUCAACCACCUCGAUGAAGCCGACAAACACGACUGGACCGACACCAGGGGAGCCAUCUUCCUCCCCAAUAUUGGCGACUCCCUCGGCCGAUGCGCUGCCGUGGAUCUGACCGGCUCCCCUCUCUCCAACGUUGAGCUUUGGCGCUGCCACGACUCGUCGGGCGACCGCCUGCUUCCCUCGAGUGCCCAAUACGCAGCCCCUCUGGUGACGCUUCCGCUCCCGGAGCUGUCGGAUAAUGCAACAGGCCGCAUCUACACUGAACCCGACCAUACUCGCGACCGCGUCCGCCUCUUCUGGCGGGAAAACGACUGGAUGACGGGCUACUCGAGUGUGUGGUCCGUCGUUGACCGACAGCUCACCUUCAACGCGACGAAUCUGCGCAGCGGCAUCUCCCUCGCCAUGGACGGCCGCGAGCUGGUGACAGACGCCUCGGUAUGGGAUGGUUCGGUCAGGGUCGUCUUCGAGGUGACAGACGGCGGUCGAACCGCGCGGGACUCCGUUGCGCUCAAGCAGGCCCCGGUCCUCCUGCACCACCAUCUGCAGCAAGCCGAGAUCGUCCUCAGCAGCGCCGCAGGCAACAAGGAAACGAUCGGGUCAGGUUGGCAGGCCCACUUUCUUCGUGAAUUGGAGAAAGCGGUGGGUGGUGAUGCACGCAUCGUCCUGUUCAACCAGAGCACCGACAUCUGGGCCCAGGACUUCCUCGAACCGGGGUACGCCAGCAUGCCCGGCCCAGACGGGCCCGUCUCCAUCCGCAUCCUCCUCCGCUCGGCGCAAUCCACGCGCGAGGCAGGGCGGCAGGUUUUUUCCCAGCUCCGCAGCGCAGGGAUCGGCGGCUUCCAGCCCGGCUCCGGCUCCGGCUUUGGCUGGGAGGAGAUCAACUCGGGCGGCAACAUCGAGACCAUUCCCCCGUACACGUCGAGGUCGGGCAAGCGCUGGCCCAACGGCCGCGUCAUCAUGGGCACCCACUUCGGCACCUACCCGGCCGAGUCCAUGGUCCGAUUCUUGCAAAGCCAGCAAGUACAGUCUCCGCUGUUCCUCGAGACCGGCUGGCUCGGCGUCGGCCACGUUGACGAAAUGGUGCAAUUCGUAGCGUCCAGCUUUAUCGAGCUAGGCUUCACCAUUGCCGUGGCGGAUACAACCUCGGCUCUCUCCCUCCUGCGCAACGCCAAUCUCUCCGGCCACGGUAGCACCCCGCUGGUUUCGUACACGGGCGACGCCUCGCCCGACGCAUUCACCGCCUUCCUUGACCCCGAUCUUCUCCACAACACGACCAUCUCUUCUAUCCUCGCCGACCCAUCGUUCAUCGCGACCCAGGCCUACGCGCAAAAGUACAUCGAUCAGAACCUCGCCCUUCUUCUUCGUGAGGUGCCGCUGCGCGACCAAGACAUCCUCCGCGUCCCUACUCUCUUCAAGGAUAUCACGUAUCCCUGGCCCAGCGCACCUGAUGGUCAUCCGCCACGGCUAAGCCUGCCCUACCCGGGUGAGAAGAAGCUAAAGAGUCUGCUGCCGCAGGCCAUCAAUGGACUGGUGCUCGGGAACGGCAAGUAUGUUGCGCCGAAGCAGUGGGGCCCAGUGGUGGAGGGGCAGGAUAUCUUUGCGCAGACGGUCGAGGAGGUCUAUGGUCGGGUUGGCAUGAAGGUGGAGUGGGUAGAUGAUUACAUGAGCCAUCAUGUCAGGGGCGGAGAGGUGCACUGCGGGACGAAUGCUUUGAGGGAGAUGGAGCGGUGGUGGGAUACUGAGUGA